CGCAGCCCCCGGGGGGUGUCCCCGGAGCGGAUGGCGGUGGGACAGGGCCAUCCGUGUCCCCGCAGCCCCCCGGCCAUGGCACCCCGCGGGUCGCUGCUGCUGCUGGCGCUGCUGCUGCUGAGCUGUGCCCUGCCCCGUGCCCGCGGCCAGCACUGGUCCCACGGAUGGUACCCGGGGGGCAAACGGGACCUGCGGACCCCCACCAACCUCCAGGUCCCGUCCCCUCUCGGGCGCUGCCGUCCCCUCCCGUGUCCCCUCCGGCGGGAGGAGCCGCUGCCGCCGCCCGCGCUGCGCCCCUGAGCGGAGCCGCCGACCCCCGCGGGAUCGAGCCGGGACCCCCCCACGGGGAAUAAAGGGGCUGGGGGCGA